UAAUUUCGAGACACCUCUACCAUUUCACAGCUUGAGAAUCGCGUUUUGUUCUUGUGAAUCACAACUCUCAGUGUUUUACAGCUCUAGAAAUUUCUCUUUCCAGAGACAUAACAUUCAAUCAUCUAUCUAUAUGCAAAAUGUCGGAAUCAUGGAAGGGGUCAUCCUCAACUGCUGGUUCAAAAAAGGAAAGCAAGAUUCUCGAUGAUGAGCUUGGAGAAGAGCUCCUCAUGUCUUGGACAUUGGGAGGAAAAGGGACAGAUCCUUUGGAUUUUGAUUGUGAAACAGUUCCCAUACGCAAAAAGCACACAUUCAGCUCGGAUAAAUUAGAUGAGGACUUCGCAUUUGAUGGCUGUUUUGAAAAACUAGCUUCAUUCAAAGUCGACAUGUCUGACCUGGAUUUCUCUAGCCCACCUAGAAACCCCCAGAAGAACAGUAAAACUGGAAAGGAGGCCGAGGUACAAGAGGACAGGACACGUGAGCGGUUCAAAUUUAGUUUUGAUUUCAAUGAGUUAGGUAAUUUUGACUUGAAUCAGAGCAUGAUGAAAGGGGAGAGUAAAUCCAGAGCAAUUUCAGAUAUUAAAGGAUUUGAUGAUUUUGAUAAAUGUGAUAAGAAUCAAGAAGACUUAAACCGGGCUAAAAGAAAUGACUCUCCCUCUGAAAAUAUUCAUAUUGAUGAUAUGCCAAAAGGAGAGAAGGAGGUCGCUUCAAAGUUAACUAGUCCCAGUGUCAUUGAUGAAGAGAUCAAAACUGCACAAAAGAUUUCUUCCUACACAUCUGUGCUGACUGCUGACCGCAAUUCUCUUGAUGAUGUGCUGGCUUUGCCAACCAGAAAGGCACCUAAACAAGACCAUGAAGCAGCAAACAAGGCCAUUAAAUCUGAAAUUUCAGCAGAAAAAUCAGCUAUGAAAUCCAAAGAUCCCAUACUGCAAAUAGAACCUCCUCCGUCAAAAACAGUAAAUUGUGCAGUCAAUUCUGAAGUCAGUGAUAGUACAUGCCUGGUUCCAAGUGGUACUUUAGAACAGAGGCCUUCGUCACAAUCCAAGAUCUCAAACCCUGAUAUUGUAAACAAUUCAAAAGCUGCUGCUCCAAAGUGUACAUCAAAACCAGAGAAUGGAGAUGGGAGCUCUUCAGACAAAUCUGAUCAUGUUGCCAAAGAAAAUGUGAAUGAUAGUGCACCUGUACAAAGUGGUGAGCAUGCUGUUGUUACGAGUGCAAGACAGGAAACGAUGCCCAAUAAGUUGGAAGCUUUGGGAGGAAAUAUUAGUUCAAUUGCGAAGAUUACGUUGGUGCCUAUGCAGAAGACCUCCAAAAAUGAGCUCAAUCUUAUGAUGGACAAACGAAAUGAGGCUAUCGGCACCAAUCUACUCAACAAAUUAAAGUACUCUAACUCUUUAGUUCACUUUUCGGCAACUUCAAAGCAGAAUCAUGGCCUCUACAAGCAACACAUGGAGCAUAUUUGCUCAGAAUCAAAUGUUGAAAAUGCAAGUAAGAAAGCUGAAAAAGAUGGAAAACAGCAAGAACAUCAGGCAAAGGAUAAUCCUGUGUCAUGUGGUCCUGCCACACUAAAGGAUAAUUCUGCUAAUAUAAGCUUCCUUUUGUCUGAGAAGAUUGCAACUGGCAAAUCAAAAGAGGGUCCUUCAAAACACUUGGGUUCAAAUGUAUCUCCCAGAAUAGAAUUAAAGAUGGCAUCUAUUGGAAAGAGCAUGUCUUCUCCUCAUAACAUUGAAAGGAUAUGUGAUAUCUCCAGCUUGAAAAGGUCAAGGGAUCUGAGUUCCCCCAGAGUCCAGAAUGCAAUGGCAUUGUUGCGCUCUUCGAACGAAAAUGUGAACAAGUCUUUAACUCUUUCCAGAAAAAAUGGUCGUUCCAUGAAUGAGGCAAACACACCGCUGAGCCCAUCUCUGAAACGGAAAUCAAUUGAGAGACCAAGUGCUGAUGCAGUGGUUGUAAAUCCAUUGAAGAGGCUUACAACAUCACCCUUUCCUAAGCACAGGUUCCUUCUAUCAUCCACUUUUCCAUCAGAAAUCAGAUAUAACUGGAUUUUAAUAAUGAUGCAUGCUUUAUUUAUGAGGAUCAGCAGGAAAGCUCGGGUGGCUUCUCCAAUUAUUGAAGAAAAACAGGUUUCCGUCGUUGAGACUGCUGAAGAUGCUCCCCAUGAUGGUAUUCACCAUCCGAGUCCUAUAGGUGUUGCUCUUCUGAAGUCAACCACAGCAGAUUUAGAUGUUCACUUACUACUUGGCAAUGAUGAAAAUAUAGAAAAAGCUGAAGCCUAUUCAAAGGAGCUUGAAGAUAUGUGCAGCCUGCUGAAAAAGAAACAUGAAGAAGCCAAGGAAGUCCUUGUCCAAGCUAUUGUGAACAACAAUUUUCUGCUGAUGCUUAACCAUCCAAUAUAUGAAGAGAAGAUCCAUGCAAUUCAGAGCUAUGCAAACAAUCUGUUGUCAAAGGAAUAUCUGAGCUGAUGACCCAUCCAAUUGCCUCCCAUGAUAAAGGCCUGUUUAUUUAUUUGACAAUUUAGUAUUGAAAUCUUUUUGCAUUGUUAGUGUCUCAUUCAGAAAGCAAGGGCAAAUCUCGUUUCUUUGCUGUUUCAGAUUGAAUCAUUUGUCUCGAAACUAUGCAAAGGAGGAAACUCUUUUUCUGCAGAAUUGCAAGCCAUACUAUCAAGUUCUCAGUUCUCCGUGAAUAAAUAAGGCAUGGAACAACUGACUCUCAAAAAGACCUUGUAGAGAAUUUCGAAGAUACCGUAUUCAAGCAGUAUGUUCUACAAGAAGCUGUGAUUGUAAACUUGUAGAUGAAGGACUUCUUUCCAAGUUUCUGAUACAAAGCUUGGCAUAAAAGUUCUGCUUAGACUUUGUUUUGAUUUCAUGAAAGUAUCGUUAAUGGAUCGGUUGAAAGCUAAAACCACAUACUUUGUUGGGCGCUGGAAAUAUGUUUCUCGUAUUACAGGCAGUACUUUGGUUAAAUUUCUAUAGAAAUUUACAAAGAAGUGUAAACUCCUGAUUUAGAAAGUCGUGCACAUCUUAAUAUGCUACAAGUAAAAAUAGUAUGGCAUUCCAUUAUCCUUGUA